GCUGAAAUUUGAAACACGCGACCAGGAAAAGCGGCUGAUGUUGUACUGUGUACGUCGAGGUUUUAUAGCAAAGUAUUUUGUAUUUCCCUUCAAUUUUCCAGUUUUACUCACGCUCAUUGGUUCUUUCUCUGGAAUUGCUUCCUUUGAAUGUCAAAGAAGUUUUGUUAAACGUAUGAGAAUGGCGUCUGCUACCGAGCCUCGUGGUAAGUUAAGCUUAUUGAUAAUGAGCUUAAAAACCGAGUUUUUUUGCCUAUGAACAAACAUUUAAGAACUCUCGAAGUAUUUCAACGCUUAUUUAUAUGCUUUUAAAAACUUAUCACUAAAUUAAUAUUUUUAAGAACAUUCUACCAGCGCUGGUGUCGCCUACGAAGUCAUAUUAAGUCCCAAGGUGGAAACUGCUAGAAAACCCCGCCUAACUCCUCUAAGAGGAAAAGAAAACAAGAAGCAAUUGGACGAAAGGAUGAAAGCAGCUGAAGAAAGAAGAAAGGUAAAAAUGAAUUAUUGUAAUGAAAUUUGUCGUACAUCAAUUGCAAGAACUAGUUAAACUCAAACUACGGUUACUCUUGAAGUAGAUACAAUUUUUAUCUUCCAAUCCUCUUCGUUGGCUUGCAACUGAAUUGUAAAAAAUACUAACCUUUUUACUGUACCACUCGAUCAAGCGAUCAAGCCAUUUAGCGUAAGUUAAAUUUAGCCGGAGCCGUAUAAUUUUUCAUAUUCGUGGGCCUCUUUUUAGGGAGGUAAGCUUAAUUUGACCUGCCGAACAGUCUGAAAAUAUUAGGUGGGUUCACAUCUACAGUAUGCCCUCAGGUGCACAUUCUGUGUUAGGGUGCAUUUGAGUUCUAUGCUUAUGUACUUGAUGAAGUGCACUUUAGAUUUUGCCUGGGAAAGGGGUUGAUGCCAAAAAAAAAAAAACCAGAACAGCGAACGUCUUUUGUUCAAAAUGUUUUUUAUUGUGUUGUUCAAAUCAUCAGAAACAUUGCAAGGAGAUCUGCAUGUCUCAUGCACUGUACAAAGAUGAACCCACAGUCCUUAUGACGAAAUAAGCUUGUCACAUUAUUUUGGAUAAGUUCACUCUUAAGUGAGACCAUAAAAGCGUUAACUGAGAUUGCACUUUGAAACUUGGGUAACUCAGUCAGUUUUUUAGUACCUGUUGUGUUGUAAUGAUGGUGGUUUAAGUCCCAUUAGAGCCUAAAUGAUAGGCAUUCCUUNUAAAAAUGAAUUAUUGUAAUGAAAUUUGUCGUACAUCAAUUGCAAGAACUAGUUAAACUCAAACUACGGUUACUCUUGAAGUAGAUACAAUUUUUAUCUUCCAAUCCUCUUCGUUGGCUUGCAACUGAAUUGUAAAAAAUACUAACCUUUUUACUGUACCACUCGAUCAAGCGAUCAAGCUAUUUAGCGUAAGUUCUAUGCUUAUUUACUUGAUCAGAUGAAGUGCACUUUAGAUUUUGCCUGGGAAAGGGGUUGAUGCCAAAAAAAAAAACAGAACAGCAACGUCUUUUGUGCAAAAUGUUUUUUAUUGUGUUGUUCAAAUCAUCAGAAACAUUGCAAGGAGAUCUGCUUGUCUCAUGCACUGUACAAAGAUGAACCCACAGUCCUUAUGACGAAAUAAGCUUGUGACAUUAUUUUGGAUAAGUUCACUCUUAAGUGAGACCAUAAAAGCGUUAACUGAGAUUGCACUUUGAAACUUGGGUAACUCAGUCAGUUUUUUAGUACCUGUUGUGUUGUAAUGAUGGUGGUUUAAGUCCCAUUAGAGCCUAAAUGAUAGGCAUUCCUUAAGGCCUAUUGACUGAUUAAAGGCAAAGCUAUCAUUUUGUGGCAUUUGACGUUACAGCACAACUCCUAAUCUUAGGUAUUUUGUGGUUCUUCUUAUGGGCUGACCUUUAACAAGUUUGCAUUUUUCGUUGUUUUAAUCUGUCUCAUCAACACCAUCUUGAAUUACAUCAUGGACAGACCAUGGUCACAUGUGAGGCAAUACAAAAACGCUGAUGUACAGCAGAUUCGCCUUUUGGCCAAAAAACUGUUUAACCAUGAAACUCAAGAUAUUGCACAGAUUCUUGAUGAGUGAAUUAGUGAACCGGUGUGAGCAACAAAUAAAACAGAGUACUGGACUUUUUGUUGACACCCUGGUUAGCCACCCUUCCCCUGGCUUUUUCAUGCAAUAAUGGUGCAGCUUUUUUUCUGAUGUUUGUGCGACACACUUAGUGUUGUCAUUCUAACCUAUACAACUUUGUAUUUCAUUCUCAACAUUUAAGAUAUCACAAUUUUUGGGGGGAGAUCAGUAAAUUUACUCUGUUGCAUUUCUGUUUGCACAUCCAAUCAAAAGAUACUCUAAUGCAUUGUAUUAUCUAUUUUUACUACUUUUAACUAGACAGUGUUCUCCUUAUCAGGCGGUAACUGGUAAAAUUUACCGCUUGAAGCAGCACUUCUCACUACCUGCAACCGCUUGAAAGUUAAUUGUAAGUUGUUUUUAAAAAAAUACAGAAGUUGUGAUCCGAUCCCAUCCUCACAAGAAAAUCAAUGAAAAUAAGGAAAUUAUACAAGUAUGCACAGCUAUUGUCACUGGGUACUUUAUUUGAAAAUUGCUGACUUGUACCUUUCAAAUCAAUGCAGGCUAGCAAUUUUUUUUACGGGCUUCUCUCAAUAAAUUCAUUUGUGCAGCAACAUUGACGUGUGCCUUAGUUGCAGCUGUAUUUCAUUACUCAUCAUGAAGUGACAGCAGGCCAUGCUGUCAUUUUUGUCCGUAGAAAUCAAUCAUAAGUGAGGCCAAAGAGGUAACAGUACAUAAGAAAUUAACAAUAAUAAUCUUUCUGUGUAAGCCUUUUAAGUCUUCUAUAUGAAUUCAGUUUUGAUUUCCUGGAAAGUUCAACUUCUUUAACUUUUGUUACUUAAGUGAAAGUAGUGGCAAAGGCAGGCUUCAGUUGUAAAAUUCUUCGUCGUGAGGGCUUUAAAUACUUUUUAGGUCAAUUGGUUGAAAGAAUGUUCGAAAGUAAAAGCCUUGAUGGACAUGAUAGUUUUCCAGAUAUUAAAGACGGGAAACGAGUCUAGCAAUUUGAAGCAGAGAACCUGCUUACUUUUAAAUGCUUCACAAUCAUGGAUUCAAAAGCGGGGGCCGCUAUAGUGAACACUAUUUCUAGUCUUUAUAUGGGCCAUGCAGUAUCGAAAGAGAACAUUUAAGACAGAAUAAAAUAAUAUUAUCGGAAGCAAACAUUUUAAAUUGCCAUCUAAAAAUUAUACGACCCAGUUUGUGUAAGGUCUUAUAAUAAGGAAAUGAUAGGACAUUUCAGAGAACUUUGCUCCUAAGGGACUUGUCAGAAAUUAGCAGGGGGGGAGGGGAGGUGGGAAUUUUAAAUUUGGGUCCGGAAAUUAGAUGACCCAUCCCUGCAAUGGGAGUGAAAUUUGCUAACCCUCCCCUUGAGCUUGGCCUAAAAUAUCAUGACCCUCCCCACCUUACAGAAUUGAAAGAAAAAUGUUCCAGGCUCUUUAGGGUGUAGUAUUCCAAUAGUGAGACCAUAAAAGCGUUAACUGAGAUUGCACUUUGAAACUUGGGUAACUCAGUCAGUUUUUUAGUACCUGUUGUGUUGUAAUGAUGGUGGUUUAAGUCCCAUUAGAGCCUAAAUGAUAGGCAUUCCUUUAAGGCCUAUUGACUGAUUAAAGGCAAAGCUAUCAUUUUGUGGCAUUUGACGUUACAGCACAACUCCUAAUCUUAGGUAUUUUGUGGUUCUUCUUAUGAGCUGACCUUUAACAAGUUUGCAUUUUUCGUUGUUUUAAUCUGUCUCAUCAACACCGUCUUGAAUUACAUCAUGGACAGACCAUGGUCACGUGUGAGGCAAUACAGAAAAGCUGAUGUACAGCAGAUUCACCUUUCGGCCAAAAAACUGCUUAACCAUGAAACUCAAGAUAUUGCACAGAUUCUCUGAUGAGUGAAUUAGUGAACCGGUGUGAGCAACAAAUAAAACAGAGUACUGGACUUUUUGUUGACACCCUGGUUAGCCACCCUUCCCCUGGCUUUUUCAUUCAAUAAUGGUGCAGCUUUUUUUCUGAUGUUUGUGUGACACACUUAGUGUUGUGAUUCUAACCCAUACAACUUUGCAUUUCAUUCUCAACAUCUCUGAACCUUCUUUGCCCAGUAACUGAGUAAUUUUCUUGUUCACUUAGGGUUUAAGAUAUCACAAUUUUUUUUGGCAGAUCAGUAAAUUUACUCUGUUGCAUUUCUGUUUGCACAUCCAAUCAAAAGAUACUCUAAUGCAUUCUAUUAUCUAUUUUUACUACUUUUGACUAGACAGUGUUCUCCUUAUCAGGCGGUAACUGGUAAAAUUCACCGCUUGAAGCAACACUUCUCACUGCCUGCAACCACUUGAAAGUUAAUUGUAAGUUGUUUUUAAAAAAAUACAGAAGUUGUGAUCCGAUCCCAUCCUCACAAGAAAAUCAAUGAAAAUAAGGAAAUUAUACAAGUAUACACAGCUAUUGUCACUGGGUACUUUAUUUGAAAAUUGCUGACUUGUACCUUUCAAAUCAAUGCAGGCUAGCAAUUUUUUUUGCGGGCUUCUCUCAGUAAAUUCAUUUGUUUCAACUCUGUAUUACAGUUUACUGAAAUAAAAAUAGUAGUAGCAGGUAUGAAUCUAGGAUAAAUAUUGACCGAUUUCCUAAACAAGUGCCAAAGUUUCUAGGGGGCUGGGGGCUAAUCCCCUGGGAAAUUUUUUUGAUUUUAACUCCCUUAAGUCCCCUUUUCUGGCUUCCUGAGUCUUUCAGACAGGAUGUUGGCCAGUUCCAUUCUCCUGAGAUGAAGCAUUUUUACAAUCCAUUUUCCGGAUUUCAACUUGGAAAAUUUGUUAUUUAAAACAUAUUUGUAAUGAAAAAUCUGACCGAUUUCCAUAAAACAGAGGAAACCAGUAUGGAUCCGCACCUGUUACUCCUUCUAUUUUAAAGCACAACAAAGACUAGAAGAAAUAAGCAUUGUUUAACAACAGCCAUGAGAACAGCCACAGAAAUCACACAAACAGGAUAUUCUACAGGAUAUUCUUUUGCAUCUCUGGGGAUUUUUAUGCGUCAGGGAUGCAGGACGCAGAGUAUAAAAUAACUUGGAGAUUUUUGAGGGUAUUCAGAACAAUCUGAAGAUUUGUGGUGGUGCCUGGGUAUGUUAACUUUAGAUGGUAUGAUGAAGAAAUACUUCAAGCAAUUUCUAAUGUUACUCAAUUUCUUGUUUACAACAGACUGUUAUAUCAUUUAAUGCCGUCUAGAAAUUUUUAAGGCUCGGAAAUUUGGCAUGGGAUUUUUUGGGGUUAAAUUUUUGGUCCAGGAAUUUUUUUUGGUUUUGUUGGAAACCCUAGGGAUUUUAUGGGUUUUGAUUUUUGUCCCCAUUCGAUCAUUGCUGUCACUUGAAAUCCGAGGUAGUGCACAAUAUUCAAGGAUAGGUCGUACUAAAGUUAUGUACAAAAUAGAAAAUGCUUUUUGAUUUGUCGGUCCAAAUAUUCUGUAAACAAUGCCUUAAAUUGUAUUAGCCUUGUUUACAGCAGCAUCAACUUGAGCUCCCCUCGACGGGUCAUAGGAAAUCAAAACUCCUAUCACCCAACAUGUCAUGGAGAACUUUCAAAAUGUCACUUGUACACAAAAGUAAUGAAAUACUGAGGAAAUUGAACUCAAAAACAUGCGUACCGCUUAUGUUAUACACAUUCCCAAGACAUCGGGACAACUGGGGUAGAAACAUUGCCCACUGAAAUUUUCAGUAACUUUUCCCUUCCAUUAACCUCAUUUUAUUAAUGUGUGCUGAUGUGCCAAUUGUUUUUUUGCCAUGCCCAGUGACAGGCAUACAUUAUGCAAAAACAGCAAAUUGUCUUAUCUUUACUCAAAACACACUGUUUUCUGCUUUUUUUUCCUUGUUAGAGCAUUGAGGGUGAAAUGCUUGCAAAGGUAGUGGUACAGAUUGCACGAGUUAAUCAAGUUCAGCUAAACAAGCAGCAAACAGAGGAGAAGCAAAGUAAAAUAGCAGAAGAAAAGUACAAGCUAAAUAUGGAGUCUCAUAUUGAGAAAAAGGAAGCUCAAAUUCAAGCACUAAUUGAUCGGCUUCAUGCCAAGGAUAACCACAUCAGAGAAGUGCAAGCCAAGUUACAGGAGAUAAGUGUCUCACAUGCUAAGAAGUUGGAGGAGAAGAUUCAACACAAGGAAGCUGUGACCAAAGAGAAGCUUGAACUACUUCGUAAGGUUCAGACAGAACAAUGGCAGGCUCAUGAAAAGCGUAUUCAAGAGGUCUUGGCCUCUUUGCAAGAGAUCAUUGAGAAGAAUUCCAAGAAAGCUGAAGAAAAUUUACAGGAGAGGAUGGAAAGAACAGAAGAAAAGCGCCAGGCACAGAUCCGCGCACUUCAGGAACGAUUGCGGCUCAAGUCAUCCAAGAUAGAGCAAGCACGACAGUUUAUGGAUAAACUUGUGGAGGAAACAAAGAAGAGUUACGAAGAAAAACUCAAACAGAGGCAGGAACAAAUGGAGGAGAAGCGGAAUGCAGAAUUGAGGAAAAUACAACAGAAGGCAGAGGCCCAUGACAAACAUGUUGAAGAGGUGUGUCAAAAAGUGAAGACAAGAAAAGCGGAAAAUACUCAGUGAUGAGAAAAACAUGUGGCAGGAACAAGUAACACAACAGCAUAUUUUCCUUCCUAUUAAGUACAGUGUACUUUGUACAAUUUUCUUGUCCAUGAACAUUCACUGGACAAAACCAUGACAACAUGUUUGGCCAAAAAUACUAACCUUAUGUGUCUCGUUUAUAUUUAAGGAAUAAGUGAAACAUUUGUUGCGUUAAACUAUUGUACAGGUGAAGUAUAAAUGUUUUCAAAAUAUUAUUGUUUGAAUUAAGCAAUGUUUGGUGCAUGUUGAAAUAACUGAGUUCUUUAAACACAUGAUUGACUUUGUUCAGGUUGUGGACGGG